CGGAGAAAGGGUCCUUGGAGCAUCAUGGCGUAUCCUUCCGCGUCUCUCUCAAACCCGAUCACUCCCUUGCGCCUCGACCCAAAUGGCUCGAGCCCGAACUUCAAGGAGUGGAGCUAUGGGUGCUCGUUGACGAUCACUCUCGCUAUGCCUCCGUCCACCUACUCUCCUCCAAAGCAGCUGUUCCAGAUGUCGUCAUCGCAUGGCUUCGACAAGCCCAAAAUCAUUUCCGCACUUCAGUCAACUCAUUCGUAGCCGCGAUGUCGCCUUUGACGAGAGUCGCCCUUUUUACCUCUCUUCACCACCCCCCACCGCUCCACCUUCGCUUGUGUGGGCCGAUUUCGAUACUUCACCCACCCCACCUCCU